AUGGGAAGUUUUAUUAAAAUUCGAUCUGUUCGUCAAAUUGUUGCCCAGAUUGGGCGAUGGGAAGAAUGUCGAGGAGCAGUUAGCCCCUUCACCGCCGCUGCUAGCCCCGAAGCCUGUCUUGCCCUUGACCGCCGCGUUGAUGAAUGGGAUGUCCGCCAUGUCACUCUCCCCACCACUCGCAUUGACGACCUCCCCGCCGCCGCCCAUCCUCCUGCCUGCCUCGCAAAUGAUGAGCUCAUUCUCUUCGAUGCCAGCCAGCUUCUCGGAAUUCUCGGCAAUUUCCUCGGUGUUCGCACCGCAACCGAUCCAAUCGAUGCCGACCUCGCCGUGGAC